UGUACAUCUCUUUUUCCGUCUCUCUUCAGGAAGCUCUUGUUUGUUCAGCCGCCUCUCUCAUGCAAAUGAGACGUACAAACUGUUAUUGUGUCAUUGCCGAGCAUCACUGCUUUCCAAGCCGGUGGAAAAAAGUGUGUAAUUCUAAAUGUCAUCUGUCUAUAUCUCCUCAUGUCUGGAGUUGAACUCCCUCAGAACACCUUUGAUUGCAGAUCACAGGCUAAUGAGAAGAUGAGAGAAGGGUUUUUAAUGUUUGCUGAAAUGGCUCCAGGUUCAAACCCCACACGGUCAGUCUCAAGAGAAGGGGUUGAGAGGUGCGCACUGUACGGGAGACCAAAACCCAGAUUGGAAAAGAUCUUCCCAGGGUUGAAAGAUCCCAAAUCACCCUCCUUCAGGAAUUGUCUCAAUUCUUUCUUCAAGGACCGAGCGAGGAUGGAGCCCAGAGAAAAACUCAGGAGUUCUCACGCUGAAGUGACCCAAGGAAAACUGAGGGAGCUGGCAUCGAAGUGGUUCCUAGAGACUCAAGUGCCCCACAUCGUCCAAAACGGUUUAUUCCCCACCUGGUUCCUGGGCUUCAUCACCAGAAAUGCUGCUGAAGACAUACUCAGAGAAAAGGAGCCGGGCUGUUUCCUGGUCCGUCUCAGUGAUAAGGCCAUCGGGUACAUACUCUCCUAUAAAGGCAGAGAUCGGUGUCGACACUUUGUGAUAAACCAAAAUGAAGAAGGGCAGUUUGUAGUCUGCGGGGACAAUAGGGGACAUGACACGAUACCUAUGCUAAUAAACUUCUACAUGUCGAGCCCCAUCGAACCGUUUGGAGAAUUUCUGACAUCUUCCUGUUCUGAGGUACGGAACGAAGAGCUGUAUGAUACCAUCCAGAUCUCUCAAAAAGAAAAACCUGUGGCUUCCGUCAGAACGGGUAAGAAUGUGCCAAAACAACGGAUUGACUUGCCUGCUGAGCGGGCACGCACCCAGCCAAGGCAGAGCAACAGACCACUAGAGGAAGUACCGCCUUUGCCUCAGAGGAACAGGAACUUCGACAACGGCCCCCCGAUCAACCAGGACGGUGUUUUGUACGCUCAGCUCCAGAAGCAGUCACCCAGGGAUAAACCAAGAUCCCAGCACAUCUUUCAGGGCCAUUUACCUGGAGACAAUCCAGCAAGGCCCGAGAGAUACACCAGCCAGAAUCAGACUGUCAGUCGGUGUAGUCCUCCAUCAGGACAAGGAUCGUCUCUAUACCCCCAACUCAGCCUGCCAGAGAGCAGCAAUGGAAGGUCUCGUCCGGACUACAGCUCUGACGGGGAGCACUUUUAUAGGCUGACUACACCUCCACACACCCCACCAAGACUUUCCCCAAAGCCCGUCAGACAAGUCACGGGCAGUCUCCCACAGUUAGACCCAUGUGGUCUAGAACCUGCCCUUUAUUACCUGGCUGGUAAAUCUGGCAGCCCACACAGUGCAGCGUCAGAGACCAGCUCAGCGACUUCCGAGCAGGGCAGUGAGUCACCGUACGCUGAGGUCGCUGGUGUGGCCCUCUUCAGUCACCUCCCUGAAGACAACACAUACGAGCUAAUUCCUGUGCACGAGGACUCAGUGGAUCCGGAAACCAGCAAUAACACUUACGAGCCUCUGGAGGACCUCAGACCCAAGAUAGUAAAGAAUGAGAAACGCAAAUGGCAUUUCCCUGAGGCCCUGAGGAAAUGGUGAAGAGGCUCAGUCCCCAGCCGCUGAGGGACGUGUUGACUCCUGCCACUCUGACACUACUGUGCUACUAAUAUACAACCUGUGAAAACUUAUUUUAUAUGUUCAACGUAGACUUAUGUGUUCCUAGAUAUUCAAAAGUCUUUUUGUUUUGAUGUAUUUAUUUAAAAAUUAUAAUGCGUUUGCAUUUUCCAGAUGAGCUAAAUAAAAUGCACACUGUAUACCGAA